AUGGCUGCAACCAAGACCGAGAUGAUCCUGCCAGCCCUGCAGAUCUCAGAGCCUCUGAGCUUCCCUCACUCCCCCUUGGAUAACUACCCCAAGCUGGAAGAGGUGAUGAUGCUCAGCUCUGGGGGGACCCCCUUUCUCACCGCCUCCGCACCCGAAGGUGCAGGCUUUGGCUCCGGUGAACCCGGAGAGCCGUACGACCACCUUACUGGAGAUACGUUACCUGAUAUUCCCUUCAACUGUGAAAAGCCAAAUGUGGAGCAGACUUAUCCCACCCAAAGGCUGCCCCCCAUUUCUUACACUGGCCGUUUCACAUUUGAACCUGCCACCAGCUGCAGCAACAGCCUGUGGGCAGAGCCCAUCUUGGGUCUGUUCAGUGGUCUGAUGGGAAACAUCCCCCCCAGUUCCAGCUCUGUCUCAACUGCCUCGCAGACCACCUCAUCUUCCUCCUCGUCCACUCCAUCCUCCUCCACUUCCUCCUGUUCUACCUCCUCUUCAACUCAGGGCUCCAGCCUCAGCUCCUCAAUUCACCACAGUGAGCCCAACCCAAUCUACUCGGCCGCUCCAACAUAUUCUAGUCCCAACUCUGAUAUCUUCCCGGACCAGAGCCAGAGCUUUCCCGCCUCAGCUGGAGGAGUGCAGUACCCGCCCCCAGCAUACCCCAAUGGGAAGACCUGCGGCAGCUUCCCCGUCCCCAUGAUCCCCGAUUACCUCUUCCCCCAGCAGCAGGGAGAGAUCAGCCUAGUGCCUCCAGACCAGAAGCCCUUCCAGAAUCAGUCCAAUCAACCCUCCCUCACUCCUCUGUCCACCAUCAAAGCAUUUGCCACCCAGACUGGUUCCCAGGACUUAAAAGGUGUCUAUCAGUCGCAGCUAAUUAAACCCAGCCGUAUGCGAAAGUACCCCACCCGACCAAGCAAGACACCCCCACAUGAAAGGCCCUAUGCAUGCCCCGUGGAGACCUGCGACAGGCGCUUUUCCCGGUCUGAUGAGCUGACACGUCACAUCCGCAUCCACACAGGUCAGAAGCCCUUCCAGUGUCGCAUCUGCAUGCGGAACUUCAGCCGCAGCGACCACCUGACAACACACAUCCGCACUCACACCGGAGAGAAGCCAUUCGCCUGCGAGAUCUGCGGGCGCAAGUUUGCCCGCAGCGACGAGAGGAAAAGGCACACAAAGAUCCACCUACGGCAGAAGGACAAGAAGGCAGAAAAAGCAGCAGCCGUGGCUGUGACAGCAGCGCCAGCAUCAGCUGCCUCACCUGCCUCCAGCUACCCCUCGCCAAUCACCUCUUAUCCAUCCCCGGUGUCUUCCUAUCCAUCUCCAGUCGCCUCCUGCUACUCCUCCCCUGUUCACACUUCCUACCCAUCUCCUUCCGUUGCUACCACCUACCCUUCAGCCUCCAUGUCAAACACCUAUCAGUCGCAAGUCGGCUCUUCCUUUCCUUCCUCGGUUGCAUCCACCAUCUACAGCUCACCGGUCCCAACCCCACUUUCAGACAUGCAGACCACCCUUUCCCCGAGGACAAUCGAGAUCUGCUAA